AUGAGUAUAAUUUCAUGGAACUGCCGGGGGCUUGGCAACCAGACGGCAGUUCAAGUGUUGGCGGACCUGGUCCGUUCGAAGAGGCCGAGUGUGGUUUACCUUAUCAAAACGUUUGUGGAUAAGCAACGAAUGGAAACAAUCCGGGUGCAGUUGGGUUAUGACAAUGUGUUUACAGUAGACGCUGAUGGUCAUAGUGGUGGGCUAGCCCUAUUAUGGAAUAAUAUAGUGGAGUUCGCGGUAACGGGGUACUCAAGUAAUCAUAUUGAUACUGAAAUCAGGCUCGAUGUGGGAUGCCCAUGUUGGCGGUUUACAGGGUUUUAUGGGUAUCGGGAGAGACAACGAAGGCGGGAGGCAUGGCAGUUGUUACGGACUUUAUCUGCACGCUCACAACUACCGUGGGUAGUUAUGGGUGAUUAUAAUGAUCUUUUGGACCAGUUCGAGAAGCGGGGACGUGUUCCACAUCCGGGGUGGUUGAUAAAUGGGUUUAGGGAGGCGGUGGCAGAUAGUGGUUUGCAGGAUGUACCUUUUGGGGGACAUCAAUAUACCUGGGUAAAGUCAAGAGGCACAGAUAGAAUGAUUGAAGAGAAAUUGGACCGAAUUCUAGCAAAUGACAGUUGGCUUAAUUUGUUUGAGGGGGUACAAGCGCUCUCGUUGACAGUUCCUUAUAGUGACCAUCGACCGCUGAUUUUAACCCCUGUUACUUUGCCGUCAGUCCGUAAGAGAGCCAGGUUCUGUUUUGAUAAUAUGUGGCUUCGGGAGGAGGCGUGUAGAGAGAUUGUUACGCAUAGUUGGGAUCGGUCCAUUGGCCUGGAUACAUUAGCCAGAGUAGAGGCUUGUGCGCAAGAUAUUUCUCGGUGGGGCCGACGCUAUAAUAAGGAUUUCCAGCGGAAAAUUGAGCUAAAUAAACGCCGAUUAGAUUUGCUUAGUUCUCAUAGGGAUGAGUCCGGGAUGCGUGAGUAUGAGGUGGUGGAGAGGAAUCUGCUUUUCUUACAUCGUAAGAAUUCUUUUAAGAGGCUCCAGGAUGAGGAUGGGAAUUGGGUGGUGGAUGAGGCGGGUCUGGAUAGUGUCAUGUUGAACUAUUUUGCAGUUUUUUGGGACAUUAUGGGAGGGGAGGUCACGGCUUUUUGCAGAAGGUUCCUUGAAACAGCUGAGCUCCCCCAGAAGGCCAACGACACUUUUAUAGUGUUAAUACCGAAGAAGACGGUCCCAGAAACGAUGAAAGAUCUACGCCCGAUUGCGUUGUGUAACGUAGUCUACAAAAUAGCAGCGAAAGUGUGUGCUAACUGGUUAAAGCCUUUGUUGCAGAAUUUGAUUUCAGGAGCCCAGAGUGCUUUCAUUCCUGGCCGCUUAAUUACAGAUAACAUUAUGUUGGCAUAUGAGGUACACCAUCACCUGAAGAAGAAAACUCAGGGUCGAGAAGGGGUUGUGGCAUUGAAGCUUGAUAUGUCUAAAGCGUAUGACCGGGUAGAAUGGCGGUUCUUACAGGCAGUGAUGAUUAAAUUGGGGUUUGGUGUGCAGUGGGUCAAUAUCUUGCUUGAAACGGUAACAUCAGUGCGUUACCAUAUACUACAUGAGCAGCGAAAGGUGGGACCUGUUAUCCCAGGUAGGGGCCUCCGGCAAGGGGACCCGUUAUCACCUUAUCUGUUCUUAUUUGUGGCUGAAGGGUUGAGUGCGAUGAUUGAGAGAAGAAUGUCUCCGGGCGAGUUGCAUGGGGUUACAGUGGCAAGAGGGGCACCAUCCAUUUCUCAUCUCCUUUUUGCGGAUGAUUCCUUCUUGUUUCACCGUGCUACUGUUGAGGAAAGUGUGCAGAUGAGGUAUGUCCUGGAUACCUAUGCUAAGGCAUCGGGUCAGUAUAUUAAUUAUGAUAAAUCUGCUGCCUGUUUUAGUGCUAAUGUGCCGCAGAAUAUUCGGAAUGAUGUGGUUGAUAUACUAGGAGUGGAGGAGGGUUUGACUAGUGGAAAAUAUCUGGGGUUACCCUCGCUUGUAGAUAGGAGGAAGAAGGCCAUCCUGGGGUUUCUGAAGGACCGGAUACUGUCUAGGGUAUGGUCGUGGAAUGCGAAGUUUCUGUCUAGAGCUGGGAGGGAAGUCCUUUUGAAGAAUGUGCUACAGGCGAUGCCGGCAUAUGCUAUGUCGGUGUUCUUGCUUCCCAUUGGCCUGUGUCGGGAGAUGGAGGUCAUUAUGAAUCAGUAUUGGUGGACAGGAAGGAUUGGGGAUGGCCGUGGUAUUAGGUGGCGCUCCUGGGAAGGGUUGUCAAGGCCCAAGGCGAAUGGUGGAAUGGGUUUUCGGCGCCUGCAUGAGAUGAAUUUGGCCUUACUUGGCAAACAGGCGUGGAGAUUGGUUACGAACCCCACUAGUCUACUUGCUCGCGUGUUUAAGGCACGUUACUAUCCUAGCUGUGAAUACUUUGAAGCCGGGGAGGGAAGUAAUCCUUCUUUUGUUUGGAGGGGCAUGUUGGAGGUUAGAAGCUGUUUGAAGGAGGGGUGUAGAAGGGCGAUUGGGGAUGGGGGUGAGACUUCUAUUGGCUUGGAUCCUUGGCUCCCGGUAGAUGACAACCCAUAUGUGGAGACAGACUUGCAUCCAUCAGUCCGAACGGCUCCGGUGUCCUCUCUUAUGAAUAUGCAUGUGUGCGGAGGCCGCGAGAUCAGUGGAUAUGGCAAUGGGAUCAGAAGGGUGCUUAUACAGUUAAGUCCUGUUACAAGCAUCUCACUUUGGUGGCAGCAGAUGACCGCCCAUAGAAUAAGAUAUGGAACCUACAUAUUCCCCCGAAGUUGUGUGCAGGAAUCAGCCCUUCAUUUGUUUGUCUACUGUGCUAAAGUGGCACAACUGUGGAACAAGCUGGGGUGGCCACAAAUCAGUGACUUUGCUGGUAAUAGUAUAAGUGAUUGGUUUUUUUGGGCUAUUAAUUUGUUGGAUGUUGACUCUCUGCCUAAAUUUCUAAUGACUUGUUGGGGUGUGUGGGGAAGCAGGAAUGAUAGUGUGUGGAAGGGCGUGGUUUUUUAUAUAAAUGUGGUGCUGCGUAGGUCUAUGGUGUUCCUGGAUUGUUGGAGGAGUGCAAAUGAGGGAACUCCAAGGGAUCAAGAACAUUUGAAUGUUGUGUCAUGGUCAAAACCAGCGCAUGGGAGACUAAAGUUGAAUACAGAUGUAGCACUGAGGCAGGAAAGUAAUGAAAUGGGGUUAGGCUGGGUUCUGUGA